GCGGCCGGGGUGCGGUCGGCCUGGGCGGCGAGUUCUGGUCGCCGUGGCGCUCGCUGUCGCACUUGCUCUCGCCCUUUUCCUCGCUUCUGCUUCCCUCCGCGGGCCCGGGUCUCUGGUCACGUGCACAGCGGCGGAGCGCGAUGAGGCCUGUGGCGCUGCGGCUUUGUACCUUGAGCAGGGGGCUGCUUACUCCUGGCAGAAGACUAACUCAAGGGUUCCAGAAUCCUGAAAAACAGAGAGUCUUGCACAUUCAUGAAGCAUCUUCACCUUUACACGUGAAUAAUGUUCGAGAUAAGCUGCGGGAAAUAGUAGGAGUAUCUACCAACUGGAGAGACCAUAUGAAAGCAAUGGAGGAAAGAAAAUUACUUCGUAGUUUUUUGGCAAAGUCACAGGAAGCACUGCCCCCCAGGAGAAUGAAAGACAGUUAUGUUGAAGUUCUCUUGCCUUUGGGCAGUCAGCCUGAAUUACGAGAGAAAUAUUUGACUGUUCAAAAUACCGUAAGAUUUGGCAGGAUUCUUGAGGAUCUUGACAGCUUAGGAGUUCUUAUUUGCUACAUGCACACCAAAGUUCAUGAAGCUAAGAUGUCUCCUUUAUCGAUAGUUACAGCCCUGGUGGACAAAAUUGAUAUGUGUAAGAAGAGCUUAAGCCCAGAACGGGACAUCAAGUUCACUGGCCAUGUUAGCUGGGUUGGGAAGACAUCUAUGGAAGCGAAGAUGCAAAUGUUCCAGUUACAAGACAGUGAAUUUUGUCCUGUUUUGGAAGCAACAUUUGUAAUGGUGGCCCGUGAUUCUGAAAAUAAGGGGUCGGCAUUUGUAAAUCCACUCAUCCCUGAAGGCCCUAAGGAAGAAGCGCUCUUUAGACAAGGAGAAUUGAACAAGGGGAGAAGGGUUGCCUUCAGCUCUAUGUCAUUACUGAAAAUGGCUCCCAGUGCUGAGGAGAGGACGACCAUCCAUGAGAUGUUUCUUAACACACUGGAUCAGAAGACUAUAAGUUUUCAAAGUCGAGUUUUGCCCCCUAAUGCAGUAUGGAUGGAGAAAUCAAAACUGAAGAGCUUGGAAAUUUGCCACCCUCAGGAGAGGAAUAUUUUCAAUCGGAUCUUUGGUGGUUUCCUUAUGAGGAAAGCAUAUGAACUCGGAUGGGCUACUGCUUGUAACUUUGGUGGUUCCCGACCAUUUGUCGUGGCGGUAGAUGACAUCAUGUUUCAGAAACCUGUUGAGGUUGGAUCAUUGCUGUUUCUGUCUUCUCAGGUUUGCUUUACUCAAGGCAACUACAUUCAAGUCAGAGUCCACAGCGAAGUGGCCUCUCUGCACAAUAAAGAACAUACGACCACCAAUGUCUUUCAUUUCACGUUCAUGUCGGAGAAUGAAGUGCCCUUGGUUUUCCCCAGAACAUAUGGAGAGUCCAUGCUGUAUUUAGAUGGGCAGCGGCAUUUUAACUCCAUGAGUGCAUCGGAUACCAUGAAAAAGGACUACCUUCUGAAGCCCCAGAAAGCCACGCUUGUUGGAGACCAGCGUUCCUCAGUGACAUAGUGCCUGAUGCAGGCCUCAUCGCGUUUAUUGGUUUAGUGUUUAUGCUCAUCCCCCACAGAGAAAAAGAAUGUAAUCAGCUUUUAGGAUGACUAAAAAAGUAGAACAAGAGAGUGGCUGGCUGGGACAGAGGGAGAGAGAGUUAUUAAAUAAUAAACACUUUCAAAAUGAUCGAAA